AUGCUGCAGGAGAAGGUUUCAGCUGUGACGGAUGAAUGUAUGAGCCGGGUUCAGACCGUCGGGGAGACGGAUCCCCUUCCAGACCAGUCACGACUGGGCCUGUCCACAGCUCCUACCAUUCCCAGCUCCAGUGAGCCCGACCAGAACAUUGAGAACAUUAAGGUCGUCCUUCACGAGAGGGAGCUGUGGAAGAAGUUCCAUGAGGCCGGCACAGAGAUGAUCAUUACUAAAGCAGGCAGGAGGAUGUUUCCUAGCUACAAGGUAAAAGUGACCGGUAUGAACCCCAAAACCAAAUACAUCCUACUUAUCGACAUCGUCCCAGCUGAUGACCACCGCUACAAGUUCUGUGAUAACAAGUGGAUGGUGGCUGGCAAGGCAGAGCCAGCAAUGCCAGGAAGGCUCUAUGUGCACCCUGAUUCCCCCGCCACAGGAGCUCACUGGAUGAGGCAACUGGUGUCAUUUCAGAAGCUCAAGCUAACAAACAAUCACCUGGACCCUUUUGGGCAUAUUAUCCUGAACUCUAUGCACAAGUACCAGCCCAGACUACACAUAGUCAAAGCAGAUGAAAACAACGCCUUUGGAUCCAAGAACACCGCCUACUGUACUCACGUCUUUCACGAGACAGCCUUCAUCUCUGUAACCUCUUAUCAAAACCAUAAGAUCACUCAGUUGAAGAUAGAAAACAAUCCGUUUGCCAAAGGCUUCCGAGGUAGCGAAGAAGGAGAUCUGCGUGUUUCAAGACUACAGGGGAAAGACUAUCCGGUGAUAUCAAAGAACAUGGUUCGCCAGAGGCUCAUCUCCUCACACGGUCAUCUAGCAGGGAAGCUUGGAGCAGGAGUUCUCACGGGGCACCCUCAAGUCCUGUCCUCUUAUCAGUAUGAGACUGGAGUCCCUCUGUCUAACUCCGACCCCCAAGAUCCUAUCUCGAACCACUUCCCUCAGAGCCGAGAUCCCAGCCUUCUGUACCACUGCUUCAAACACAGAGAUAAUGCCCGACACCUGGAGCUUGGAUGUAAGCGGCCAUAUCUGGAGACAUCAUCUGCGGUCUCGGAGGAGCACUACUUUCGUUCAGCUCCCUCCUAUGAGUCGCCCUUACUGUCUCAUCCGUACUGCACUGAGGCCAUCGGCUCUAGAGAAGCUUGUAUGUAUGGUAGUAUGGAAACAGAGUCUGGAUCCGGUGCAGGGGACACGGAUGACCUAACCAACUCCUCUUCAAUAAAUUGCAACAUGUGGGCUACAAUGCAGCCCUACCCUCGCUAUAGUGUGGAGGGAGUCCCGUACCAGCCCUUCGCAGCUCACUUCACCAACACUGCCACGGUCACUCCUGUGGUACCGCAUCCUACAUCAUCCAUGGCAUCACGACCGCAGGCUGACUUGGGGGUCUACAACUCCGCUACGGUCCAGCGAGGUCUGCCCGUCAUACCCCCUUCAUCCUCCUCUUCAUCCUGCUCUCCAGCUGUGUUGGGAUCCAGGGAUAGGUCAGGUCAUCCGCCUCUGUACCACAAGAAGCCAGGGUCACCGCUCCGGCCUCACAGAGAUUUCUCAGCCUAUCCCACACAAGGCACAAUAUCCAUCCGGGAUCCAUCCUAUCAGUACCAAGUGGGGCUGAGUAGCGCAGGGACUCACUGGACUGACAGCUAAUGUGGACGACUGAAGAAACCAGCUUUGUCCACUGUACAAGUCUGAAAUUGAUCAAGGUUCAAAACCCCACUGUGGGCUUCUGACACCAAGCAAUGAUAAUGAACUACAGCCAUGAUCAUUGCUAAAUUGCACUCCAAAGCCAUUUACUCCUGCCUGGCUGACCUCCUCUUUACUUAUGCAGAUGUGUAGCAUAUGUACUAGCCUGUGAUCAGAUAGGGUGGUGGUUUUCUGACACUGCAAUGCAAAUACAGGUUUGAGCAGCACUAUCUAUCUAUGAGAGGGAGCUGCAGGUUCAAGAGCACAAGAAGUAUCAACAACAAAAACAAGAUGUAACUAUCUAGCUGAAGCUGAAGUAACAAGGAUCAUUUUUCAUCACACAAAAGCAUACAUAAGGGAAAAUCAAUGAUUGCUGUGCUUGUUCUUGAAGAGAAUAAGAAUCAGAAUUGUUUAUUGCCACGUAGGUUUUUACAC